CGCAGUUGUGGCUGUGUGUGUGAGUUGAGAGCAGCAGGAACAAGAGCGGGUUCCUCCUCUGUUUCUUCUCUCAGCGUCGUCUCAGAUGCACUGGGUUUGUGAGCUCACCUGAUGUCAGCGCCCUCAGGUGGUGUGAGGAGGGUCUGCAGAAUCAAACCCCUCAUGUUCAUGCAGAGAGGAACCCCGUCGUUGAGCUAAAAGGAAGGGACUUGUUUCCGUCAUGGAGGGCUUGGCCAUGCAGAACCUCAUAAACUUUGAAAUUCCGUCAGAAGACGGCGCUCUGAGCGCCAACGCGGCUCACAACCAAGGCCGUGUGGACAUUUCCUCUCCAGAGCCGGAGUCUUCUCUGGGAGUCCACCAGCAGUCGUCCCUGCCAGAGCCAAUGACACCGUCCAAGCACAACUCUCUCUACCAGCAGCAACACCCAGAGGACGAAGGAGGCAAUGACAGCGACACCACGGAGUCUGCGGACAGCGAGGACGACAUGGACCCGUCCUCUCACAUGUGGGAGCUGAGAAGGUCGUCGUCUUCCUCUGUUCACAGCAGGGAGGACGCCGACGGCGACACGCUGGAAGGAAAACGCUUCAUGAAGGUCUAUGUGGAGAAGGUGUUUCAUGGAAAAGAAGACUUUGACCAGGAAGAGAAGGCUCGUUUUGGAGAGCUGUGCACUGGAGAGAGCAGUAAAGCUCGCGAGUGGUUCGCCAAACACGUCAGUGCACAGCGCUGCCGCUCUACAUGUGUGAGCGAGGCCACUUUCUACAGACUGGUCCAGUCGUUCGCUGUCGUUCUCUUCGAAUGUUACCAGAUGGACGACUACAGUCCGGCCAAAAACCUCAUGACCAUGUGUUUCACCUACUACUACAUUGGAAAGUGUCCACCGUCUCCGUCACAGCUGCUGGACCGCGGCGUCCCUCCCGCUGGUAUGGACUUGUAUCUCAACAAGGCCAACUCCUGGCUGUCGGGGACGAAGGACGCUGCCGUCGGCCUUCUCAAAAACACGUCCAAGACUGACGUCAAAGGUUUCUUCGGAGGCUUGGAGAACAAGCUCAGGAGCUCGACGGCUCAGAAGACGGAAGAAGGAGAAAGUCCAAGUGAGAUGAAGCCCAGAUCUCCAGUGUCUGAGGCUGCAGAGGGGAAGAGAGGGGAGAAAGUUUACCUGUACACACACCUGAAGCAGCAGCCCAUCUGGCACACGCUCAGAUUCUGGAACGCCGCUUUCUUUGACGCCGUUCACUGCGAGCGGAGGAAACGGUCGCCGACCACCAGGGAGAAAUGGUGUCACAUGACGCAGGAGGAGCGAGACGACAGCUCCAAGAUCGACGAGAACAUCGCGUUCGGUCAGCUGGGGACGUUCACUCACAACAUGUUGGCGUUUGGUCUCAGUAAGAAGCUGUGUAACGACUUCCUGAAGAAACAGGCCAUCAUCGGAAACCUCAACCAAGAACAGUACAAGUUGCUGAGUGACCACAUAGAGAAAAUGGCGGCUGAGUGAGUGGGGGAGUGCGAGGACGACGGUCACAUGACACGUUACAGUUUCCAUGACGGAGGAGAAACAACAACCAAAAAAACUGAACUGAACUGUGUCAUAGUCAGAGCAGCAAUAAUCAACAUCGUCAUCAUCAUCAUAUCAUCAUCAAUAUCAUCAAUAUGGUCAAUAUCAUCAUUAUCAUCGAUAUCAUCAUUAUCAUCGAUAUCAUCAUUAUCAUCAGCUGGUGUAUAUACGAUACGUAAACAGCCUCACACCAUCUGCUGCGUGUUCUGUUUCCACGGUAACCAUAUUUACACGUGAGUGUGGUCGAGAUUCAUCGUGGACGUCUAAGGAGAAGAAGAAGUCCUUAAAAAAAAAGCACAGAGAACAAACAAACAAAACUGUGUGUGUGUGUGUGUGUGUGUGUGUGUGUGUGUGUGUGUGUGUGUGUGUGUGUGUGUGUGUAUGAGUGUUGCGUUCCAUUUGUAGUCGGAACUCAUAAAUGUCCAGAUUGACAUCCUCAGCGUUCCCGGCGCAGGAUUCCAAAAUGGCGGCCACUCGUGUUUGUUUGGCAGCAGGUAAAACAUCGCACCUGUUCGUCUUUUUUUUAUUUAAAAAAAAUGUCAUUUAAACAUGAAAUCAUUUAGAAAUCAAUAGAAUAAUUGUUGAAUUGUUUCAGUUGACUGAGCUGUAGUUCCUCCUGGGACCACUGGAUGGCAGCAUUGUGUCUUCAUUCAAAGCAGUGAGAACAGCUUCAUAUGCUACUCACUGACUGUUGACUGGUUGGUUGGUUGGUUGGUUGACUGGUUGUUGGUUGACUGACUUGUUGGUUGGUUGGUUGACUGGUUGACUGACUGGUUGGUUGGUUGACUGACUGAUUUUUGUAAAUGUUGUAAAUAUUUCUGUUGUAAAAGAAUCCAUCGUGUUUGUGAUCAACAUGAAUAUAAAACUGAAGUGAGACCCCUAGUGUUUAAACAUGCUAUUGCAACUCUACAUUUUUCUCUCCUUUUUUUCUGUUUUUUAACCGAUGUGAAUUUUGUCGCGAUCUGUUGUGUGUUUUAUAUAUAUAUGUGUGUGUGUAUAUAUAUAUAUACAUAUACACACAUAUAUAUGUGUGUAUAUGUAUAUAUAUGUACAGUAUAUAUGUGCCGUGUUCCAUUUAUAGUCGGAGCAACGUUAUCAUACAAACGAGUUAUUGCGAGUAUUUUUCCGUUAAUGUCACAAGUGUUGUUUGCGUUUUCUCGCAGUAAAUCAGUCGCACACAUAACUUAACGUUUAUCGUUAAAGUUACAACUUACACGUUUAUCGCGUUGUUAACGGCUGUUUUUUUUUCCUCCCGACUUUUCAACUGGAUCACGGACAUGAUGGCGUGUUCCGAUGUAAAUGGGACGCAGCCUUAUUAUUGCACUAGUGUUGGCGUGUGAACUUCCUGUCAUGUGACACUCACUGAUGCCUUGUGUUUGUUUGUUUGUGUAAAUUCUUCUGUGAAACUGUUGAUUUCCUCGAUUGUUGUCAUGAAAGGAGUUUGUGUGUCGUCGUGACGAUGUUCCGACAGUUUGUGUGUUUGACUCACCUGAUGGAGACGCUCCAGAAGCCACUUAGAGGGACAGUUUUUGUAAUGUGCUGUGAGCGCCCCCUGCUGCUGAGAACUGUGUUCCUGUUUCUAACUCAACUGCAGCGAGGACUCAAGGAAAAACUCAUCUGAACAAAACACUAAAAAUAAAAUGUUUUUCC